AUGGCUCAAGUCUCAGAGCCUCCUUAUAAAACUGAAAAAUAUAUACGCAAUGAAUCUAAUGGUUUCGACGAAUACUUCCAAGAUCCUGAUCAAGAACUGAUAAACAACGAUACUUCUUUACCAAACGGUUUACGGAGAUUACGAAAGGAUAGGUCUCCAUCAAAAGACGUUAAUAACACAAAUAUCAUUAAUCGUCUUGAAAUUUCCCGAUUUUCUGCAGAAUCUUUUCAUAGUUAUAAUUUUGUUUCAAGCGAUGCCUCUAUGUACGAAGAUAGGCAAAAUAUUCUUCGUCGCUCUAUUGAUUUCAUGAAAAGCAAAAUAAAAGGAUGGAAACUUUUAGAUGUACAACAAGCUAUACUUUCUUUUGUGGAACCUGUUGGUACAUCUACUGACAUUGUUCUUCCUCAUGAAGAAACAAGUGUUGAUGAUUCAUAUGUAUCUCGAAAGUUUAAAGGUUCAUUGGCUGAUAUUUCGAUAUUAUGUCAACCUAUAAAUGCUCCAUCUGCUGUACAUUCUCCUACAAGAUUUACACCACAAAAUCAAGCUAUUAUUACCACUGAUAAUCAAGGAAAUAUAUUAAAUGCAAAUGACAUUGCUUGUUUGGUAUUCUGUUACUCACGAACUGAAAUAUCGACUAUAAAGGCAUUUGAUUUAAUAGCCAGCCCUUAUAGAGAAAAGCAAGAAAAAUGUCUUGCUUUAAGACCUCAAAAUGAUCAUGAUAAUUUUGAAGCUGUGUUGGCUUGCGGUAAAGUAAUUCCGAUACAAAGAAAAAAUGAUGAAACUUCUGCCGCUUCUUUAUGGCUUAAAUCUAAAAAAGAUGAUUCAGGAAAUUCCAUUUUCAUUUGGAUAUUUGAGGAGAUUGUUGAAUCUAUGAUGAUAGCUGAAAUAGAUUGCAAGGGUAUAAUACAUAAUUCAUCUGGUGACGUAAAAGCUUUGUAUGGUUAUACCCCUGAAGAAAUUAUUGAUAUGAACGUGACCUCUUUAAUUCCUGCCUUGGAAAUUAUCACAUCAAAUGAUAUGAAUCGUAUGGAUAUUGAUGAUAAGAGUGACAUAGAUUCAUCAAAUACACGACUAGAUAUUGAACAAAUAAACAAAACUAAAUAUUACGGAAGUCGAUCAAAAAACUGUGCAAAGUUUCCAAUAAUUGGAAAAAUAUCAAUGAAAUCAUUGCAAGAAAAUAUGCAAGAUCAAGAUUCCAUUAUAUAUCGACUUAAAAUCAUAUCUAUGCCUACUAUUGCCGGUGUAAUAACUGCUCACGCUACUGGUAUCAUUCAAUCAUGUAAUUCAGUCUUUGUCAAAUACCUAUUUGGUGUUGGGUCUCAAGAAUUAAUCGGUAAACGCCAUAUUGAAUCACUUUUACCGCAAUUUCCUCGACUUAUUGAUAUUCUUGCUUCGGAAAGAUCUCUUGUUGAAGGUGUUUUAAUUUCUGAAAAUGCCUUUCGACGUGCUGCUAUAUCGAUCUCUACUAUUUCCAAAAAUAAUUUCCCCAUUUCACAUACAAAAGACUUUUCUACUACCUCAUUAUCUACACAAGGUCCUUCUGGUAUAAUAGCUGUACAUAGAGAUGGUACUGAAUUUGACGUAGACAUUCAAAUGCGUGUUGUUGAGUCUCCUGAUGAACCAUUACAUGCUUUAUGGAUUACUUACGAUCGUAACGCUAAUUUCGCGAAAGAACAAUCUUAUAUUGACAGUGUUGAGAAACUUGUGACUAGUAGGUCUGUAGAUGAUGAAAAUAUACAAGAGGAAAAAGAAAAUUUUCAUAUAUCUAAAUUCAUAGCAGCGGGAGGUAAACCUCCUAUAUCGACGCAUAUUUCGUCUGAUCGGCAAAUCAUGACGCCUCCUGCAAUGUCCCCUGCACCCGUGCCUUUCGAUCCAAUGUUAUAUUCUGCAAUAACGUUAGGGAAGACAAUUGAUGAUUUUGAAAUAUUAGAUAAUCUAGGUCAAGGUGCUUACGGUCAGAAAAGAGUAGUACUAAAGUAUGUCGUGAAGUCUCGAAUACUUGUUGAUUGUUGGACUCGUGAUACAGCUCUCGGCACUGUCCCAUUGGAAAUUCAUAUUCUUCAUACUCUAAGACGAUUUCCUCAUCCAAAUAUUGUACAAAUGGAGGACUUUUUUGAAGAUGACGAUUAUUAUUAUAUAGAAAUGGGGUUACAUGGUGCAGGCAUGGAUCUUUUCGAUUACAUAGAACUGAAUACUACAAUGGCUGAGGAUGAAAUAAAGCUUAUUUUCC